UCAACAACAAGUCAACAACUCCACGACCACAUUCUUCUCCCUCAUCAUCAUCCAUCUUCGAGCAAGACCCAACGUACAAGAGCUAAACAGCCAUGGUGGGGCUCGCCGUCGCCGCCAGCCUCCGGGAGCAAGGGGUGCCUCCCUUUGUCGUCGUCUUGGAGCGCGUGGACAGCAUCGCCUCGCUCUGGCAGAAGCGCAUCUACGACCGCCUCAAGCUCCACCUCCCCAAGCAGUUCUGCGAGCUCCACAGGAUGCCAUUCCCGGCCAGCUACCCGGAGUACCCCACCCGCAGCCAGUUCAUCGAGUACCUCCAGGCCUACACCGCCGCCUUCGACGUCAAGCCGGAGUUCGGCAGCACCGUGCAGACUACCCGAUUCGACGAGACAUCCGGCGUGCACUCCAGCUCCUCCUCCGGCGAGAGCAUGGAACACAUGGGCGCCAUGGCUCGUGGUCGCCUCCGGGGAGAUCGUGGUGCCCGACGACAUCCACGGACGGGCACGUUCACGCUCAAGGACAAGAACAAGCACGGCCGGCCGGACCCCCGGGCUCGAGACCGGCGCCAUGGCUAGGAUCAGGUCCGGCGACAUCACCGUCGUGCCGGGCUGGUGCUCACGACAGAGUAUAAGUGAUGAUGCAUUGAUGCUGCUCAGGGCCCUCGUGAGGAGAUGAUGGUCGCUGGUUGCAUGCACGCGUGUGGAAGGGCCGCAAUAAUGGCGGGCGGCGCGCUCGCUCCGUCUGUCCUCUGUAGAGCAGAGAGGGAGAGGAAGAAGACAGGGACGAAAUAGGGAUUAUAUUACGAGCAGGGUGCAGUGCGCUCUUUGCUAUAGCUCCUCUUUAUUUAAUCCGUGGGUUCAUCAUUCGGUUCCAUUCUCUCGCUGGCGGUGGCG